AUAAAAUUUGGAAAAGGCGCGCGACAAUUUUCGUUAGCUCAAAAACAAAAAUCGCUUUCGCAAAAUGAACGAAAUUGUGAAACAAAUCAACGAUCGUUACCCGUGCCGGGAAUCGGUGGUACGGCGCCUCUAUCAGCUGUACGGCGACGGGGAUCCGUUUCCUCCGGCGGUGUAUUUCUAUGGACACACAUCAACGGGAAAAAGUGCGAUUCUCAGAGAAUUUUUAGCCCGUCUGCCGGACACGAAAUAUGCGCUGCUAAAUGCUAUCGAGUGCUACACAAAUAAAAUCCUGUUUGAAGGGAUUCUGAAUAGGCUGGUGGGCCACGUUCCGUGUGCAUCGAAUGGGUAUGCAUCGAUGGCCACCGUCGAUAGUAUGAAGGAGUUCGUGAAGCAACUGCAGAAGCUAGAGGAUGGCUAUGGGUACGUGAUUGUGUUGGAAAAUGCCGAACGAAUAAGGGACAUGGAACACAAUGUACUUCCGAUGUUGUUGCGGUUGCCGGAAGUGACUGGGCUAAACAUUUCCGUUCUGUUGGUGUCGGAUUUGCCGUUUGAAAAGUAUUACGUUAGGACCGGGUUUUCGCCGGUGGUGAAGAUUUUCGCUCCCGAAUAUACCAAGAAGGAAAUUAUGGCCAUCAUGAUGAACGACUACUGUAGGGUGCGGGAUCAGAUAAAAGCAGACGUUGAGAACCCAAAAAAAGACACUUCGGAGGAAGUAAUCGAAAAACAGCUCAAGGUUCUAGACAAUCUUUCGAAGGACUUUUACGAAAACUAUCUGAACAUAUUUCUGAACGUUUUCUUCAAAGUUUGUCGAGACUUAAAGGAGCUGCAGCUGGUAUCAUUCGAGUGCUUUCAAAAGUACUGUGAACCGGUGCUGGAAGGAACGAUUGGUCCAGAUGAAGUCACCAAACUGUGGCGACACAUUUCCAAAACCAUGAAACUUGCCCUUGGCACCAUCUACAUGCGAAUGGGCAAUGUUAAUCAAGAUCUGCUGAAGCCAGUUGAUGCCGCGGCCCCUGAAUCGGUCGAGCACGUGCAAACCAUGAAGCGAUUGGCUCAGAAUUUGGAACUACCGUUUUAUGCCAAGUAUUUGCUAAUCGCAGCCUAUUUGGCGAGUCACAAUGCGGCUAAAGAAGAUAAAAGGCUGUUUAUGAAGAAUCACGGAAAGCAGAAGAAGCGACUGCAGACGGUCAAUGCCAAGGCUAAAGUUUCGGAGAAAAUGGCCACCCAGUUGGGACCGAAAUCGUUCACAAUCGAUCGAUUGCUGGCAAUUUUCUACGCCAUUCUGGACGACAAAGUGGGUCUGACGUGCAAUCUUUUGGCUCAGAUCUCGACGCUCAUACAUUUGAAGUUCCUGGUCUUUGCUUCUGGCGAAGGAAGCAUGAUUGAGGGAAAUGCCCGGCUCCAGUGCACCGUCGGAAUGGAUUUCAUCAUGCACAUCGGUAAAAUGGUGGGCUUCAACGUGCGCCAGUAUUUGUGUGAUUUCUUUUAGAGACUAUACAGUAGGGUAAGUCUUCUUCUCUAAUUUAUUUUUCGUUUUCCUACACUUUACUAGUUAGUUAUAAUUUUCAAUAAAUAAUUCGGCAAGUCUGAAA